AUGUACUUUACAUUCGGUGAUUAACUUUAUUAGAAUAUCACCAAUCAUUCAGCAAUUAAAUAUUAUCAGAAAAUUUAGAAAAAUAAUAGAUAAGAUCUUUUAGUGACUUUUAAAUAGAUAAAUAAUAGGAGAAAUUUUUUAUUUAUCUAACACUUAAUAUCUAUCUAUGUUUUUCACUCUGUCUCAUAAUAAAUUAAUUUAAUAAUUGAGAUUAAGUUAAAAGAUAGCAAUAACAAUUAUUAUUUACUACUAAAUAUAACAAAAAUAUUUUUGGAUUAGGAAAAAAAGGAAUAGAUUGAAAGAUAGUUAUACAUUUCAUAAGCUAAAUAAAUAGAUCUUAAAAAUAUGGAAUAGCAAGCGAAUUAAUAAUUUUAAUUUUAGAGACAUUAGGUUUAUUAGAUGUAGCAGGCAGAACAAAAUAAUAUUUAAAAUACGAAUAAAAUAAUUAUUCAAAAAAAAGAAUAUUUUGUGAAAGAUAUUCUUGAGAUAUUUUAAAAUUAUGAAAUACUAAACAUAAUUAACUACUAUGAAUAGCGUAUGGCAUAAAACUAAGAUUAUAAUAAACAACAAUAACUCAUAAGUAAACUAAAUUUUAGUUAUGAACCUUUGUAACUGUUUGGGUUAUUAAGAUUAUAUGCUGAUUUUAACAUUAAGAGUGAUUAGCUCAAACAAGCCUAUUAUGACGCAAGCAAAAAAUUUCCUUAUUAAAUUCUUAUUAGAGGGGAUGGUAACUGUUUCUAUAGGUCAUUUAUGCUAUGCUACCUAUUUACAAUAGUUAUAUAAAAAAAUAAUAAAGAAAUUUUAAAACUAUUCAAACAAGUUCUUGGCCUAAAGAUUUUAUAAUAUAAAAUAGAAAAUAUCACUUAAAAUCAAAUAAAUUUAACAGAAGAAUUUAAAUGCAGUUUUUUAUAGUUUUGGAUUAAUGUAUUUAUAAAAUGCUAGACCUAAUUGAAAAAUGAUCACAAAUAUGAGCUCAAGGACCUCUUUUUAGACUAUAACCAUGAGCCUUUCGUAGAUGCUGCUACAAUUAUUAUUUGCAGGAAUAUCAUUUUUGAUAAAUUUUAAUAUCUGCUUACAGAUCCUAAUUACUGUUUUUUCAUAACAGACGAAUCUAGAGAAAACUCUCCUAAAAAUCUUGAACUUUAUGGUUAAGAAGCUGAAGAUGUUAUCAUACCAAUAGCAGCUAAGGCUUUUGAAGUAGAUCUGAUUGUCAAAAAUAUUUAUAGAAUAAAUUCGGAGAUAUUUUAAGAUGAAUAUGAAUACAAAUUCGAUGAUAGCAUAAAAUCAAAUGUGGUUUCUGUUUUAUUUACUAAGGGUCAUUAUAAUUGCUUGUUUACAAAUUCAAUCUGCUAAAUAGAUUCAUAAGUAAUUUUAUGGCCUUAAGAAAAUGAACAAGAAGGAAUUUAAACAAAUUAAUAACUAUAACAACAAUUCAACAACAACUACUAAUAGCUUUAAAUGGAAAGUCCAAAAAAAAUAGAUAAUUAAUCUAAUUAAGAAAAUAAGUUAGCUGUAAGUAACUAAGUUAAAGAAAAUAUCAUAUAAUCAUAAUAUACAUUAAUUGAAUAGUAAGAAGAAUUAUUAGAGGAAUUUUCUUGCAAAAUUUGCAAAAAAAUAAGAGAUGGCAUAAUCAUUUUAACAUAAUGCUCUAAAAAAAAUGUUUAGCAUUGCCUAAAAUGUAUCGAAUUGUAUAAAGAUCAAAUGGAAAAACCAAUAAAAAGUAUUUAUGAAAAAUUAUAAAAAGAUAUCAAUUGCUAAAAAUGUGAUAUAAAAGUAAAAUUUAUCAAAAGUUUUGAAUGCAAAUAUUUACGGUAUUUUACCAAAUAACGUUGCAUUAAUUGUAUAGAAAAAAAAUAUAAAAAGAAUGAAAUAAUUUAUACACCAAUAUUAUAUUCUAUUUUUUAAUUUAGUGAGACUUUUUCUGAAAACUAUAGAUGUUUUGAGUGCAAAAAAAGUGAAUAAAAAGUUAAGUUAUUAAUUUAUUAUUAGAAUAUGGCUGAUACUAGUUUCAAUUUAAUUAUUUGUUAGCCAUGCUAUGCUAAUAAAUACUCGCCCUUUUUUAAUAAAUUAAAUUUAAUAUAAAAAUAAUAUGAGAUUAAUGAUUAUUUUGGCUAGUGUUAAAAAUGUUUUGUAACAACUUAAGUUUUUAUUUGUGAAGAUGGUUAAAAACAUUGUCUUGUUUGCAUAAAGUAAAUUAUUAAUUAGUUAGAAAUUGUAAGUAUAGAGAAGCUCAAUUAAUUACUAAUUUACUUCUAUUAAGCUAUCUACUAACAAAAACUGUGCAUCUAUUGCUUAUCCUAAGAGACAGCUGGAGAUUUUUAGUUAGAAAUAUAAUCGCCUUAACACAAUUAAAAACCAUACAAUGUUUUUUUAUGUAAAAGGUGUAUUUUAAGAAUAUUUAAAUUUUAAAAUACGGAACUGUAGAAAAAGUUUAAAAUAAAUCUUUUUUAUUUUAAAAGAGAUAUUGAAUUAUAGUUUUAAUUUAACCCAGAAGUAAUAAGGAAAACUAUUUUUAAAAAUUAGUCAAUUAAAAAUUGA